ACUUUUGGUUAUUGACAAUACGUGUGGUGAUUUUUAACCCCGACUGGCAACCCUGUUACGCAUGUUGCUACGUCAUCCUGUCGCCUGAAGAAGAGGAAGAAAAAUGGAGGAAUAUGCACGUGAACCAUGUCCCUGGCGGAUAGUAGACGACUGUGGCGGCGCAUUCACGAUGGGAGCCAUUGGAGGUGGGAUCUUCCAGGCGGUCAAAGGCUUCCGAAAUUCACCUGCUGGGAUGAACCACAGGUUGCGAGGGAGUUUGACGGCCAUAAAGACCCGGGCCCCGCAGUUAGGAGGUAGCUUUGCGGUGUGGGGGGGUCUCUUCUCCAUGAUCGACUGCGGGCUGGUGAAGGUGCGGGAGAAGGAGGACCCCUGGAACUCCAUCACCAGCGGGGCCCUGACCGGGGCCAUUCUGGCUGCCAGGAACGGGCCCGUUGCCAUGGUGGGCUCCGCGGCGAUGGGGGGCAUCCUGCUGGCGCUGAUCGAGGGUGCCGGCAUCCUGCUCACCAGGUUCGCCUCGGCCCAGUUCCCCACCAGCCCGCAGUUUGCAGAGGAGCCAGCGCCCAUGCCGGCCCCCUCGUUCGGGGACUACAGACAGUAUCAGUGAGGCCCCUCCCUCACCGCCUAGCUCUUUCCAAUUCCUCAACGAACUCAUGUUUCUUAUUGAAGUAUCACUGAAGGACUAUGGGAAAUGUAUGCAAGGACCAUGUGCACGGAAUUCCUCCAGGUUGUGGAAGCGAUGACAGAGCUCAGGAAGGCCACGUGCGGACUUCACUUUCUAAUUUAUUUUCCCGAGCCGUCGGCAGCAUCUGCCCCAUCUGCCCCAUCUGCCCCAUCAGCCCCAUCUGCCCCCGUCUGCCCCAGUCUGCUUUCAGGCGUGUUUAUUUUGCCCGUGGUUCUCCCCUAACCACUCUCACCGUGCCGGUGAAGGAGACGGACCGGGAGAGGCGCCUGGCCUGGAGUUCAGCUAACGCAGCUGUAAAUAUUGCAGGCCGCCUGCUUGCAGUGUGCUCCUGGAUGCCAGCUAUGCUUCCAGCUUUUGGGCACACCCCUAUAAGUGGGCUGUGCUUUGAGCUUUUGGGCACACCCCUAAAAGUGGGCUGUGCUCCAUGCUUUUUGGCACACCCCGAUAAGUAUGACCCUAGCUCUUCACUCUGAGCUAUUCGGUGUACCCCAUGUAAGUAGGGUGCACUGACCAAGCAACCCAAAACAGAAAGGGGGGCACAGGUGCACCCCCAUGGCAGUCGAACCCCAGGUUUGGGAGCCGUGUUGUAACUGUAGUGUGUUCAUGUGUUUUCAGUGGUUUGCUGUGUGGUCCGCGCACCGUAACGUUCUGCAUCGCUUGUCCCUGUUAUGGCGGCAGUCAAAAUGGCACCUUGAGCACUAUUGUGUCUUUAUGCAUGACAGAGAGGGAGCGUACAGUAUGUCCCACAUACGGCUGAGCUUACAGGAUUUAAAACCUGAGCGCAGUUGUUUAUUGGGCACAGUGCUUGAAAUUAGUGCCUCAAGUCUGUGCAGAAUAAUUAAGAAAUGAAUGGUGCCACCUGUAGCCAGAGUGAUACCUUUGUAAAUUUGUGGUUAACGUCAACCAUUACAGCACGUUUUAUGUAAGGGUUGUGAUUUCUGAGCUCUGUAUCAUAAGUAUCUGUAAGGCCUGUUGGUGAAAUUGAGAAAUAUAAACCUAUUUAGUAAAAUAUAGAAAAUGGCAUUGUG